GAACAUACCUUAUGAUUCGGAGUGUGUUUUCAACAACAACCCAUUCCUUUCACAUGGAGAAUCAAUAGUUCAUCUUGUCUGUCUAGCAGUUUCUCUCUCGAUCCUCUUCAAUGGCAUCUAUUACCUCCACUUCUACUCCCACCCUCAGGGUCAACGCCACAAAGGGAGUAGAAGAGAAACAACAACCACAUACCGCCAGAAUACAACCACCUGAGGGAUCGGCUUCUUAUGAUCAUUUUUUCUGGACAUAUACCGAAGAACCCCAUCGAUCACGGCGUCAGGCGAUUAUCAAAGCUCAUCCGGAGGUUCUGAAACUAUGUGGUCCCGAGCCCCUUACGAAAUACGUCGUUCUCGCCGUCGUCUCGCUUCAGCUCUCAUGUGCUUAUUUACUCCGAGAUACCUCGAUGUUCUCAUGGAAAUUCCUCCUUACUGCAUACGUGAUCGGAGCCACCUCGAACCAGAAUCUGUUUCUGGCCAUUCAUGAAAUCUCACACAAUCUGGCCUUCCGGUCUGCGCUCUCAAAUCGACUACUGGCUAUAUUUGCCAAUUUGCCCAUUGGGUUACCGUAUAGUGCUGCUUUCCGGCCCUAUCAUCUUACCCACCACAAAUCCCUCGGUGUAGCAGGCCUUGACACCGAUCUCCCAACGGCUUUUGAGGCGUUCCUCCUUGACUCUUUGCUGGGCAAAGCAUUCUUUUGCACUUUUCAAAUUUUUUUUUAUGCGCUACGACCCAUGUUCGUCUACAGUCCGCCAUUCACAUCGAUCCAUGUCCUGAAUUUGAUAACGCAACUCGCCUUUGACUACGCGCUUGUGCAAUUCUGCGGCGGAUCAUUACAGCCUCUCUUUUACUUGUUGUGGAGCUCGUUCCUUGCGGGAUCGUUGCAUCCUUGUGCUGGUCAUUUCAUUGCGGAGCAUUACUUCUUUUCCGAAAUCAAGGCCGGUGGGACAGAGUCCCUUUCGGAGUUGAAAAGCAACAAAAAACCAGCCUCCAACACUAAUGGAAAAAGUCCCCUCGACUCUUUACCACCUCCAGAAACAUACUCCUACUACGGUCCACUCAAUAUCCUGACCUACAACGUCGGACUUCACAAUGAACAUCACGACUUCCCCGCCAUACCAUGGACACGUCUAUCAGAACUCCAUCGUAUUGCUAGCGAAUUCUAUGAGCCUCUUCCUUGCCAUCGGAGUUGGGUAUGGGUUAUUUGGACCUUUGUUCUUGACGAGAAUGUUGGGUUGUGGUGUCGUGUUAAAAGAGCGCAAGGUGGUAGAAUUGUUGGCGGUGGUGGUAGUGCACCAGCUUCCAAAAAGACGGGUCGAGGAGGGGAAGGGAUUUCUGCUAAUUCUAUGAAAGAGGAAGAGGAAGAGGAUGGGUGGAAGGAGAGUGAGAUUCAAAAUUGAGUUCUUAAAGCCCUUUCAAAAAGUAUCAGGGAGGGUUUCGGUCUAUAUGCUCUUUUCCACGGAGUUUGAAAUGAUAUUACUGUCAUAGAUUGUACAUAGGUACUAUACAUAUAUAUAUAUAUAUAUGAAAUGUGCAGCAGCCCUUA